AUGUACGAACAGGAAGAUGCAUUUUAUUCGCGCCCGUCGAUCCGCAUAAAUGUUCCCGACCACCUGAAGAACCUCCUUGUCGACGACUGGGAGAAUGUCACAAAGUCACUGCUUCUCGUCCCUCUUCCCAGUCAAGCGCCUGCGAACUUCAUCAUUGACGAGUAUUUCAACGAAGAGAAGAUUAACCGACGCCUCGGGUCUGCUGAGGCAGACAUCUUGGAGGAAUUUUGUGCGGGAUUGAAAAUGUACUUUGAGAAGGCGGUGGGAAAGAUCUUGCUUUAUCGCUUUGAGCGAAGCCAGCUGGCAGAGGUCCGCAAGCUCUGGGAAUCCGGCAAGUACAAGGACUGGGAGGGCAAAGGUCCAGGUGACUGCUAUGGCGCCGAACACCUUACUCGCAUGAUUGUCAAUCUCCCUGAAAUGAUUGCCCAGACAAAUAUGGACGCUGAAGCUGUAUCCCGCCUGAAAACCGAGUUGAGCAAAUUCUCCACCUGGCUGUCCCGCAAUAGCUCCAAGUUCUUCUGCGCCAAAUACGAGAAACCGAGUGCCGAGUAUGUUGAGAAUGCCCGUUAG